AUGGUCGCUGUUGUUCAGGAACAGCGUGAUUCGUCAGUAUCAGAUGGUGAUGCAUCAUCGACGACUGAAAUUGAAAUUAACGAUGUUGCAAAAGAAGGUGAGAAGGCAUGUGCAUCGCAGUUUGAACUGCUCAAAGUAUUAGGACAAGGUUCGUUUGGGAAGGUGUUUCUUGUUAGGAAGAUCCGAGGGCGAGACACGGGUAGUUUAUAUGCAAUGAAGGUAUUGAAAAAAGCGACACUGAAAGUGCGCGAUCGAAUGCGAACUAAAAUGGAGAGGAACAUCCUCGCACAAAUCCACCAUCCGUUCAUUGUUCGACUUCAUUACGCGUUCCAAACGGAAGGUAAACUCUAUCUAAUCUUGGAUUUUUUAAGAGGUGGUGAUCUUUUCACUCGUCUGUCUAAAGAGGUGAUGUUCACAGAAGAAGAUGUUAAAUUUUAUUUGGCUGAAUUAGCGCUUGCUCUAAAUCAUCUACACUCGCUUGGUAUCGUUUAUAGAGAUUUAAAGCCAGAAAAGUUUGGAAUUACUUUUGCAUCUUCUCUUCUUUGGUUGAGUUUUAUUGUAAUUGUGUUAUUAUGUUUCAAGGGUGCAAUUGAGCAGACGUACAAAGCAAUCGGAUGUGCAGCAAAUCCAGCACCAUUAUGUCCAGUGAAUGCGAGUGCUUUAGCGAGACGUAGACGACAGCUCAGGCCGAAAAGUGCUGGGGGUGUUUAG